AUCCGGAAAAGCCUUUGCGCGCGAGUGCAGACAGAGGUGUUUCCAUCUGAAAGGAGGUGAAAGUCUGGGAUCAUGUACUGGAUGAACGGCGGCGGAGGCUCCGAGGCGGUGGACGGCCUGGGUCCCAUGUCCAAGGUGGAGAUCCUCAGAGGAAUAGUCACCGACAGGCUGAGCACCGCCGCCCGGGAGAUCCUGGCGGUGGUGGAGAGAACCGUGGCCGGAUACGAGGAGGAGGCGUCGGGCUUCAGGAAGGAGAUGGAGCGGCAGAGGAGGCAGCUGGAGGUCCUCCUGCAGCCCCAGGUCAAACUGGAGAGGACAGAUUUUAUCCCAGACGUUGAUUCUUGUGAUGCUGUGGUGGAUGUGAAUGAUGAGGAGAUGCAAACUCAGCAGACAGAUCCAGGGAUCCUGGACUUCCUCUGGUAUGAUGAGGAAGAGGAGGGUGAGGGUGAAGAGGAAAAGGAAGAACAACGGAAGGUGCAACAAAGAGAAGAUCGGAAGGACCCCGAUUAUCAGAUCAAAUCAAACCGGUCUUCAUCCAGACUGGGUUCUGAGAGGAGGAAACGUGGCAGACCCACAAUCAGAGAAAAACCGGACGGUCUACAGCUGAGGAUCUGCGUUCUGGAGGACUCACAGACCGACGUCCUCACAACAGCAGUGUUCCAGAAGUGUCCGGUUCAGGACCUGCAGUGUCCUCCAGGCCUGCAGGAGGCAGACUUCCUGUCUCUGCUCAGCUCCACCUUCCCUCAGCUGGACGUUCACGAACCCUUUGGCGUCUUCACGACAGACAGAUCGAGGAGGCUUCAACCUCUGAGAGUCCAGACUCUGACACCAGAGGAGAUCUGCAGACGCAUGAGCUCAGUCGGAGCAGGAAGCUCCGCCCUCUACAUCAGACCCAGGACGGCUGUAGAUGAGCAGAGCAGCGCUGCAGAGAUUCAGGAGAGAAACGACGAGCAGAGUGGACCCUGGACCAGGGUUUUAUCUCCUGAAGGUUUACUUGAGAGGCCGCGUGGUCGACCUCCGCUCAGCGAAAAUGCCAACCAUCACACACUGAAACUGUGUUUUCUGGAGGAAGUCCAGCCUGAUCCGCUCUCCAAGAAAGUGCUGGUGAGGUCGGCGGUCCAGCAGCUCCGGUGUCCUCAUGGCCUCCAGGAGUCGGACUUCCUGCUCAUGUUGCGGUCCACAUUUCCUCAAAUGGACGGAGACGACAGAGGUUUUGACCUGUUCACAUCAGACAGGAGCAGAACGCUGAUGCCUAUUAAAGUGAAGGCCAUGACUCCAGAUGAGAUCUGCAGGAGCCUGAAACCCUGUAGGUUACAGACCACCAUGAUCUACAUCCGACUGAAGACAAAAGAGGAAGAGGAGAGCCACCUUUUACAGAUAGACGACACCAGCAGUGAUUGUCCAUCUGCUACCGGAGAGAGGACGAAGAGUGAUGACGACGAGCUACGGCUUUUCCCUAAAUGUUUAGCAAAGAUGAAGCGGCCGCGUGGUCGACCUCUUGCGAGUAAAAACGCCAACCAUCACACACUCAGACUGUGUUUUCUGGAGGAAGUCCAGCCCGAUCCACUCUCCAAGAAAGUGCUGGUGAGGUCGGCGGUCCAGCAGCUCCGGUGUCCUCGCGGCCUCCAGGAGUCGGACUUCCUGCUCAUGUUGCGGUCCAGGUUUCCUCAGCUGGACGGAGACGACAGAGGUUUUGACCUGUUCACGUCAGACAGGAGCCGAAUGCUGACACCUGUUAAAGUGAAGGCCAUGACUCCAGAUGAGAUCUGCAGUAGUCUGAAACCCUGUAGGUUACAGACCACCAUCAUCUACAUCCGACUGAAGACAAAAGAGGAAGAGGAGAGCCACCUUUUACAGAUAGACGACACCAGCAGUGAUGGUCCAUCUGCUACUGGAGAGAGGACGAAGAGUGAUGACGACGAGCUACGGAUUUUCUCUAAAUGUUUACCAAAGAAGAGGAGGCCACGUGGUCGACCUCCGCUCAGCGAAAACGCCAACCAUCACACACUCAGACUGUGUUUUCUGGAGGAAGUUCAGCCUGAUCCGCUCUCCAAGAAAGUGCUGGUGAGGUCGGAGAUCCAGAAGCUCCGGUGUCCUCAUGGCCUACAGGAGUCGGACUUCCUGCUCAUGUUGCGGUCCACAUUUCCUCAAAUGGACGGAGACGACAGAGGUUUUGACCUGUUCACAUCAGACAAGAGCAGAAUGCUGAUGCCUAUUAAAGUGAAGGCCAUGACUCCAGAUGAGAUCUGCAGGAGCCUGAAACCCUGUAGGUUACAGACCACCAUCAUCUACAUCCGACUGAAGACAGGAGAGGAAGAUGAGGAGGAGCUCCACGUUUCCGAGAUAAAUGACAAAACCAGCAGUGAUUCUCCUACUGCUGCCGCUGCUCAAACCAUGAGUGAUGAAGCUGAGCUGUGUUUAAGCAAAUCACCAUCAAGACAAGAGGACAUAAGCACAGAGAGACCAGAGAAGGACCAUGGGUUAUUUGAUCAGGCAGAUGAAGUUGUAUUGCAGUCACACUCUGACAGUGAUGAUGAUGAUGAUGAUGAUAAAACCGAGCACACACAUGAUGACGAUGCUGACUGGAAGCCUAAACCUCAGCAGCAGACACAGAAGAACAGACAAGUCCAGACCUCAAUGGAGGCCGUUAAAACCCCCUGUAAGGUGUGUGGAGUGACGUACAGACUACAGGGAAGUCUCAUCAAACACGCCUGGAGUCACAUUGAUGAAUCACCGAGUGUGUGUGGAGUGUGUGGAGAACAGUUUAAAAAUGUGGAAGAUUUGAAAACAGACCUCAAGAGACACAAGAAAACCCACGAGUGUUCACUCUGUGGGAAGUCUUUCGUGACCAUCAGUGGCCUGAAAUCCCACACCACCAGUCACUCAGGGGAGCAGCCUUACAAAUGUGACGUUUGCAGCAAAACGUUCGCUACCAUGUCAAGACUGAUGGUGCAUCGCUGGGUACACGUGGCUGAAAAACCACACAAAUGUGACGUCUGCCACAAGGAGUUUGGGUUAAAAACUCAGCUCCGAGUCCACAGCAGAGUGCACACAGGUAGGGAUAGGUUCCUCUGCAACAUCUGUGGGAAAUCCCUGUCUGACCUUCGCUCUUUGGGCCGACACAAAGCAACGCACUCAUCAGAGAGACCCUACAGUUGUAAGACCUGUGGGAAACGCUUCAAAAUCGACCACACAUUAAAGUCUCAUGAGAAGAUCCACACAGUCAGAGACCAGAAAUACCUGUGUGAUAUCUGCUGCAAAACCUUCACCACAAACUACGCGUUAAGGGCUCACUUAAAGACGCACAGCAGCGAUCGUCCGUUUGCCUGUCCCAUCUGCAGCAAGCGCUUCAUCUCAAAUGGUCCUCUCAAGAUUCACCUGCGGGUGCACACGGGUGAGGCGCCGUACGGCUGCUCCCAUUGUGGACGCCAUUUUAAAAGUAAGAGCCACCUGAACAGUCAUGUGAGGAUACACCUGGGCGUCAAACUGUUCACCUGCGGGGUUUGUGGGAAGGCAUGUGCCCGCCUGGAACACCUGAAAGUCCACAUGAGGACGCACAACGGAGAGAGACCAUACAAGUGUUCUGUAUGUGACAAAGCCUUUACCCAGAGUCACUGUCUGAAAACACACAUGAAGAGUCACCAGGAAAACACACGUUAAACUGGAGCUACA